GUGAGUUAUAGCUGGGGAGCCCGGUCUCAUCUGCCUAGGCACAGAUAGACAGAGGCUGUGAGCACGCUGCGUGGACAUGCAGGACAGAGCUGGAGCUGACAGGGCAAAGCCAACCUGGAAAUGCAUGUAAGCACCUUGCUCUCAAUACUUAAAGCAAGAAGAGGAUCCAUGCCACCUGCGUAAUCCCUGAAUCGCUUGGACUUAUUUUAGGGACAAUUUUGGGAUGUAAUUUUUUUAGCUUCAUUUUUAGAAGAGGUGAGUCUUGUUUUUUGACGUGUAUCCGCUUGUUUUUACGGGGUGCGGUCUGUUGCUAUGCUGCACCCCCCCACUCCAUCUGUCUUUAGCAUGGCCAGAUGUGUGAAGAAGUGAAGCUUGCACCCGGCUUGGAGUUGACUGUGCAGAGCGAGGGGCUGCAGCAGCUCCCCCGUGAGCCCAGGGGAGGCAGAGGAGGCAUAAUCAGGCUGUGCACCUUGUAGCUCUCCCUCACUUCUCAGCACCGGCAUGGGUCACUUCUAACUGGACCAUACAAUGGAUAUAUGUCAAUGUGGAUUUCAACGUGCGCCGGUGCUCCAGCAAAGGUCAGAGUUCAUGAGUGUGCACUGGAGUGAGGAGGGCAAGGCAGAAGACAUAUCGGUCCACCAACCAGCAGGGACACAGCCCCAUUAAUGCUGUGGACACACUUGAAGAAUGAUGAGCUCCAAAGAGGAAGAAACUCUACGUUUUUUCCACUAUGUUGAAGAGAAUGGGCUGAGAGCCUACAAUGGCCUUAUAGCUCAGAACCUGGACCAUGCCAGGAAUGAGAGAAAUCGGACAUACCUGCAGGAGAAAAAUGAUAAAAAGAGGAAACAGGAGGAAGCCAUAAAGAGAACGGGCGAGGACAUAGCAUCUGAAGGCAAGCACUUUCGCAUGGGUUCAAUCACCAUACCCGAACCCCACGAACGCGUGCCCUUACCCCAGCCGCAUGCCCUCGCCUGCGGACAAGGUUUCUCCGUGCGCUCCCAGUCACUGCACUCGGUCGGCGGGGGGAACACUGGAGGAGGAGGAGAGGAGGAAGUCGGAAGUCCUACCUCCAGAAAACAGCCCCCUCCCAAGCCCAGGAGGGACCCAGCCACCAAACUGAGCAUGUCGUCUGAGGCGGUGGACCACAACCCCGCGUCCACCUGCCGCGGGGACAGAUGUGAUGCACCACAAGGAUGCAGUGAGGACUGCAAAAGGGUGCCACCACCAAAACCUAAGAGGAACCCCAACACUCAGCUGAGCGUUUCCUUUGAUGAGUCCUAUAUCAAGAGCCACAGCAGCAGCGGUGUGUGCACUCCCAAAGCCCUGCAUCAUGUGACCUCGCCCUGUGACCACAGCACGUCCUCCCCUCAUAGCGACGACAGCCCCACAGACGACUGUGAGGAUGAGCCCGUCUACAUAGAGAUGGGAGGCAUAGACAUUGGGCCCAGGGAGCCUCUUAAAAGUGAGGAUGAGGAACCCGGGGAGUCAGUGUAUGAAGAGAUGAAGUAUCCCAUUUUAGAUGACCAUGAAUAUCGCACAGACCCUAUAGGAUGUCGUUCUGCUUGCCCCACUCCAGCGCCCUAUGACCCAGAACCUCUCAGUCGCUGUUCCACUCCUCGCAACAUUCCCCUCUGUGACAUUCCUGCCCCCUUCCCAAACCUGCUCACCCAUCGUCCUCCUUUGCUGGUGUUCCCACCUGCACCAGCCCAGUGCUCACCCAACUCGGAUGAGUCCCCCCUCACUCCUCUAGAUGUGACUAAACUGCCCAUGCUGGAGAACCAGCCCUACAGUAAAUCCCCCACAUCGUCCUCAGAGCCCCCUGCUUCAGCACACAUCCGCAGAGAGCUGACCGCUACCCCGACUCUCACCGUGUCAGGGCGUUCUUCUGCUCCUCCUCUGCCCUGUACACUGUACAAAUCAUCCUCUUCAUCAAACUAUCAGCGCAGCCACUCAGCCUGUCCUUCACCGGUCAGCAUGGGCCGCUGUCUGACCCCACUGAGCCUCAUGCGCACACCCCCCUUCGAUGCUCCAAUGCCUUUUCCAGGGGGCCUGCCACGCAGUGCCUCUGCCACUCCUCAUGGGAAAGGAUCCCCACCGCAGGACUCUGCUGGCCGACUCCAUGGCUCUAUGCAAAAUGUGUCAACAGGACGUUCUAGGACCCCCACAAGCCCCCUGGAUGAGCUCACCAACCUGUUCACCACCGGGAGGAAUAUGCUGAAGAAGAACGCAAGUGGCAGGAAGUCCAAAGAGCCCGGAGAGACUGAGUCAAAAAGCAAGUCCCAUGGUGAGUCGAGGCGUGAAGGGAAGGAAAGGCACAGCCACGGCCACAGUAAGGAGUCCAAGCGAGAGUCCAAGGAUCGCCACGGACACAAAGAGUCCUCCCACCGGAGAGACAAAGACAGGGACAAGGACCGAGACCGCGAGUCCCUGUCCCACCGACGCAACAGCAAAGACCGGACAUUAGAUCCUCCGCCUGUCCGCAGGGACAGCAGGGAGAGCAGGGACCAGGGCUGCAGCAGCGUGGAGCCUAUUCUUGGCAGACGGGACUCCAAAGACAGGGGCUCCUUAGAACCUGCCGCUAUGAUCAGGAGGGAUUCCAAGGACAAAGGGGCGAGCAAUGGUGACAUGAUGGUACGGAGGGACAGCAAAGACAGGAGCGCAGGACACUGUGUGGACUCAGCGUCACGGCAAGACAGCAAAGACAGAGAGAGACUCUCCGAUCACCCGCCUGAGCUCCUGCCGAAACAAGAGAGCAAAGAGCGGGUGAGGAACGGGCUGGACAGUAGACAUGAGAGCAAGGAGAGACUGUGGGACCAGCCCCCUGAACUCUUACCCCGACAGGACAGCAAAGAAAGAGCAAGGAAUGGUUUGGACUCACACUAUGAAAACAGAGACAAGCCACCAGAGCUUCUUCCCAGGCAGGACAGUAAAGACAGAGCUAGAGGCGGGCUAGAUUACAGGCAAGAACAAAGACCAGAUUUGUUACCAAGACAGGACAGCAAGGAGAGGAUGAGGAGUGAGUUAGAACAUAAGCACGAAGACCAACCACCUGAGAUUAUUCCCCGACAAGAGGCAUCCAGAGGUCAUAAAGAGAAAAAUGGCUACAGUUCUGAGUCUAAACAGGAUUUGAGAAACUGUCACAAUGGAGGGGAUGUGCCUCCGCCUCUUCUGCCCAGGCAGGAUAGCAGGGACCUCAGCAGAACAGGCCUGGAGGUCAGGCGAGAUAGUGCUGAUCGAAAUCUGAAUGGCUCAGAUAAGCACCACUACGAUGUGAAACAUACCAGGAGCCCCACCGCUCGAGAGUACAGGGGUGAUAAAGAGCGAGCACUGAGGCCAGACAGCACCCCACGCAGAGAGCACAGAGGAACAAGCACCAUGGACCAGUCCAAAGCACAAGACAGGAACAGUAGCACAAUGCCAGGGCAGCCUUCAUCUACAACCACACCCACUCGCCAAGGAAGAUCUAGUGGAAGCCCGCCAACAACAGGAAAUGAAAUAAAAGGAGCACCAAAAUAUGGUCACUCACCCUCUGUGUCUGCUAACCCUUCUCCAAUGGGCACCCCACAGAAAAGAGUAGCUGAAUCUCGGAUGCCACAGAUGCCCUGGGUCUGCGGGGACACAACCAUGCUUGAGCAGAUUGAGAGGAAACGCACUCUGUGCCAGGAGAUCCGCUCCAGACAGCACCCUCAGCUGCAGAAGUCUCUGGAGAGGCGGUCCCCAGACCGCAGUGAUGACAAGCAUCAGGAGCACAAUCAGUGCAAGCAGGAAAGCACAGCUGUCCUCCCAGGCUGGGGCAGGAACAACGGGGCCAAAAAGAUCCGUCCUCCCCCCUACCCCACUCAGAAAACAGUGUUCUGGGACACAGCCAUCUGACAGUAAUGACACACCAAACACCUCCCUGCCACACAACCCCAUAUUACCCCAGCCCUCUUCCCUCGGGCUUGUCCUUAAGUGCCCCUGCACAUCACACCAGGCAGACCAGCCUCCUAGAGCACACAGGGGUUAGAGAUGAUGUCAAAGGACGAUGGUGGACACCAUAGCAAUAUUUCUGCUUGUUCAGGUUGUCAUGUUUUCUUAUCAUCACUGGUGAUAUUUGAUAUUUUUCUAUUUCCUGUGACUGGAUACUUGUAAAAUAAUUAGUAGAAUAGAUAUUUGAUGAAUAGAUAUUUUCUAAAUGAGAUGGCAAUUUAAAAUCCACUUAAAUGAUGUAUAGUAGAUAGUAGAUGGAAUCUAAUGUUUUUGUUUCUGUUAUUUUACAUUGCAAAGCAUACUCUAUCAAUACUCGUACUGUAGUAGCAGAAUUUCUUAUGCCAACUCUUCUUUGUGCUUAGAAGCACUCUAAUGAAUGGACGAUUCAAUUCUGUCUAUAAUAUAUUCUUUACUGCAUUUUACUGUUGUAUUGUAAAUGGAGGCGUUGCGUCAGCGUGCUUUAGAUUCCAGCGCCCCUCAUGCCCGGUCCAGUCUGUUCUAGAAUGUACAACAGUCAAUCCUAGAACACAACAGGAAAUUCUGUGUGCUGCAGUUUGUAUUUUACAGUAAGAGCUGUGUAGUCACUGUGUCCAAGCCUUUCAAAGCAACUCAACGUUUGUUUUUCCUCAAACUGUUGGCUGGCAUGUUGUAAUGUAGCAACAGAGAGUGUGACAUGUUUUUGCUGUAACCUUGAUACACUUUGAGGGUGGGUUGGGGAUUUAGUAAAUUAGAACAUACAUUAUUUACAGUAUGAUUUGCAAAACCAGCCAAAGCCUAUUAAAGCGAGAGGGGUGUGGUUGCACUUUGGAUAACUGAUUACUCAAAAUGGGAUUGGUGUCAUGAGCACCAUGACACAGUGUAAAUACUUGAUGCCAACAACCAGCCCGUACAAUCAACACCUGAGCUUUUAGUACAGUCCUUAAUUUCACUGCAGAUUAUAGCCAUAUGCACUUGCUUAAGAAAUGAUUUUGGAGAUUAUGCUUAUAUAUGUAUUUUAUAAAAUGACUGAGUGAAGAGCUGUGCCAUGGAAGUUUGACUCAUUGGCAGAAGGAUUUAGCCUCAGGAGAAUGGCUGUGUGCCACACAGUCAUGUAUUGGUUAUCUGGUCUGACAUUCCCAAUCUGAUUGGCUGGAAACCAAUAAUAAGAUCAAAGAGAAGAAGGACCUAGAACAUGGCAACAGCUCUGCUCAGUUACAAUGACAAUGGUUGCACAAGGGCCUACAAAUAUUUGUUGAAACAAAACUGCACUAUCCAUCUUCCAUCACAUUUGAUCAGGCUGGUUACAUACCUACAUAAUCCUGUUCCUUGCUCUCUCCCUCUACCUCAGCCUCCCUCACACGUCAUCCAAAUUGGUUCUCAUUUGCACAGUGAAAUGCAAUGUUGCCAAAAAGCACGGGCUGACCAAACACAAGCCCAAAGAUUGCAAGUGCAGUACCCCUUUUCUUUUUGAGAGCCACCGUGACGGAAGUCCUUAUGUCGUGUACAUGUGUCUAUGAGGGAGGGAGCGGUGUGAGUGUGCCAACACUGUAUGCAAGUAAAAAUCUUUCAAAUGAUUGUUUUAAGAUAUUCACUUUGCCCUCUUCAUGAUGUGGUGGGUGGACAUUGGAAAUGUAAUAAUGAUGAUGUACAAUCUUCUUGUGUGUAUAAACGUGCACUGUGAACAGGUAGGGAGAGCACCGCACUGUCAGAGUCCUCUGUCUUAUUGCACUGAGUGUUCUCUUGUUUUGGAUAAUAAAAAAGGAAAAUGUGUCAGAGGAAAAAAGUACUGUAUUCUGAUUGUCACAUGGGUUCUGUUGAGAGAAAUAAAUAAAUAUAAAACCUGUUAUGACAA